UAGGUCUUCCUGGCGGCCCCGGAUGAACGCCGCCAUGGAUGCCGCCGGAGCGGCCCGCCGUCGCAGCCCACGCCUCCAUCCCCUAAUCCACACGAGUGACGUUGGUGAACGAGUGACCCGCCGCCGCAGCCCUCGCCUCCAUCCCCAGGUUCAAGGAGUGGCUCGCCGGCGGAGCACGCGCCUCGGUCCCAAGGUCCACGCGAGUAAGGAGGCAUCCCGAGUGACCCGCAGCAGUCGUCGCCGCCGCCACAGCUCGCCAGCGGCGCUGGCCUCGCCGCUUGAAGACGACGAUCUCCUGAGGGAGAUCCUGCUCCGUCUCCCACCGCAGCCCUCCUCACUGCCUCGCGCCUCCGCCGUCUGCAAGCGGUGGCGACGCGUCACCACCGACCCAAGGUUCCACUGCCAGUUCCGUGCAUACCACCAAAAGCCGCCCCUCCUCGGUUUCUUCCAUGAUAGCGUGGAUGGUACUGUGUUCAAACCCAUCCUGGACCCUCCCGAUCGUAUCCCUCCACAACGCCUCGACCGGCGACUCCACGGUGUUGACAGCGGCAACUGUUUGAGGGUCCAAUUGCUUGGGUGUCGCCACGGUCGUGUUCUCAUCUUGCUCUCGCUGCAGCAGGAGCUUAUUGUCAUUGCCCCCAUCACCGGCGAGAAGUGCCGUGUGUCCAUUCCGCCCGAGUUCAAUAAACGCUAUGUCAACGGGGCGGUGCUCUGUGCUGCUGCUGACCACGACCAUGUGCAUGGAAGCUGCCACUUGAGCCCAUUCAAGGUGGUCUUGCUAUCCACAAGCACCUACUAUAGUGGUCCACAACUCAUCUUAGCAUCUGUUUACUCCUCGAAGGAUGGCCUAUGGGGCGAUGUCAUCUCAACUCCGACUCCAUGUGAGCUUCCUGGUGGCGGUACUCAUGGGUCACUAGUUGGUAAUGCACUUUACUGGUUGUGCAAAGAUUACAUGAUUGAGUUUGAUUUGGAUGGGCACAUCCUAGCUUUGAUCAAUGCCCCUCCCACUAUAGACGAGGCACGUCACUUUUUUGACAUGCGUGAGGUCAUCCAGAUCAUGGAUGGCGCUGUUGGUAUCGCUAUAUUGUCUCACUAUUACCAUAACAUUCAAAUGUGGCAAAGGAAGGUCAAUUCUCAAGGUGUUACCGAAUGGGUGUUGUGGAAGACCAUUGAAAUGCGUAAUAUUGAUGGAAUCCCUCCUGGGGUUAAAGGCGAGAGGCCAGGGUUGUUAUUUAGACUGAGAUAUGCUGAGGAUACUGAUGAAAUAUUUCUAUAUGUGGGCCACAAUGUAUAUAUAGUUCAACUGAAGUCUAUGCAAUCGAAGAAACUUUGUGAAACCCAGUAUGUUAGUGCUCAUCAUUCUUUCAAUAGUUUCUAUAUGCCAGGCACAACCAUUGUUGGUGGAUGUGAUGGGGCUGAAAUGUUGCGCUACACAUAGGAUGACUUUCUUGUUUGAUGUGCUGAAAUGCUUCACGAGGUAAGAAGAUCUUUUGAAUAUACUUUAUGAGAUUUUAACUAUUUGAUUCUCUCUUUGGAAAAUAUCUGGCAGCCAAUCUGGGCAUGCACCCUCAAACUACUAACCAUUCAGCUAUUGGGAUUUACACAUACUAAUAAUAAU